GGUGGGCGUGGCUCGGGGGAUGACAGAUCACAUGAUCCUGUGUAAAUCCCCGGUUGAAGCUAGAAAUCCCCUGCUGCCGGUGCCGACUCUCUGAGUCGCUGUCAGUGUCAGGCGGGAUGCCGGUAAUGGGGAGCUGCGGCCGCUGUGCGAUCCUCCUCCUGCCUUUAUCGCUGCUGCUGGCGGAAUGUGUGCACCGGAGCGCGGGCUGCGGGGACCAGACCUGUCCGCCAGCUCCCGAUGGCUUUCUAAAUGUACAUCUCAUUCCUCAUACUCACAAUGAUGUGGGCUGGCUGAAGACUGUGGAUCAGUAUUACUAUGGAGGCCGUAAUAACAUUCAGCAUGCAGGGGUGCAGUACAUCCUGGAUUCUGUCAUUUCGCAGCUGCUCGUGGACCCCAGGAGACGUUUCAUUUACGUGGAGAGUGCGUUUUUUUGGCUCUGGUGGAAGCAUCAAAAGCCAUCCAUGCAGAGAGACGUAAUGCAGCUCGUUCAGGAAGGGCGCUUGGAGUUCAUCAAUGGCGGUUGGACCAUGAACGAUGAAGCUGCAACGCAUUACAGUCCAAUUAUUGAUCAGAUGACCCUGGGCCUGCAGUUCCUACAGUCUACGUUUGGGGAGUGUGGCAGACCCCGGGUGGCCUGGCAUAUUGAUCCUUUUGGACACUCCCGGGAACAGGCUUCACUGUUUGCCCAGAUGGGGUACGAAGGGCUGUUCUUUGGCCGGCUGGAUUAUCAAGAUAAAGAGAAUCGAGAGAAGACAAAACAAAUGGAGAUGAUUUGGAGGGGGAGCGAUGACCUAGAACCCCCCACCGCUGACCUUUUCACAGGUGUCCUUCCCAAUGGCUACAACCCACCGGAGGGGUUUUGUUGGGAUCAGUUUUGUGAAGAUUCUCCGAUUAUGGAUGAUCCGCUGAUGGAGGAUUAUAAUGUAGAUGCUGUGGUUGAUGCUUUCCUGAAGACCGUAGACAAACAGUCACAGAAGUACCGCUCCAAUCACCUCGUCAUGACAAUGGGGUCUGACUUCCAAUACGAGAACGCCAUCCCAUGGUUCAAGAACAUGGACAAACUCAUUGAUCUGGUUAAUGCUAAGCAAGUUAAUGGAAGCAAAAUGAAUGUGAUCUAUUCUACGCCGAGUUGUUACCUGAAUGCCCUGAACCGGGUGCCGCUAAGCUGGCCAAUGAAGACGGACGACUUCUUCCCGUAUGCGGACGGUGCUCACAUGUUCUGGACGGGAUACUUCACCAGCCGCCCGGCCUUCAAGCGCUAUGAGCGGCUCAGUAACAACUUCCUGCAGGUGUGCAACCAGCUGGAGGCUCUGACUGGACCAGCAGCUACUCAGGGACCAUAUGGGAGCAGCAGCAGCCUAAUGCUCAGGCGAGCAAUGGGGGUAGCGCAGCAUCAUGACGCCGUCACGGGCACCGCAAAGCAGCAUGUGAAUGAUGACUACACCCUGCGCCUCUAUAACGGCUGGGAGGCCUGCCAGGUUGUCAUCAGAAACGCUCUCGCCAGUCUGACGGGGACCAAAGAAAACUUUGUGUUUUGCAACCUGCUGAACGUCAGUGUGUGUCCGCUGACGGAGACUGCUAAAAGCUUCAGUGUGUACCUGUACAAUCCCCUUGGACAAAACGUUACCUGGAAUGUUCGGCUUCCCGUUGACGGCGUGUCCUAUGCAGUAAAAGGGCCUUCUGGGGAGGCUGUGCCAAGCGAGGUAACUCCAGUUUCCUCGUUUACGAAGGCUGUACGCAGCGAUCGGGGCCAAGCUGAGCGAGAGCUGAUUUUCCAGGCCCAUAUCCCUCCGCUGGGUUUCAGCCGGUUUACUGUUGAGAAAAUCGCCGCCCAGGCGAGAUUCUUCAUGAGAAAGACAACUCCGAAAAGCCCAACGCAGAUAGAAAAUAAGUAUUACAGAGUGCAAUUUCACCCGGACACCGGAUUAAUCUCCGAGAUUAACAAUCUGGAAAAGGGGAUCUCUUUACCUUUAACACAGAGCUUUUACUGGUAUAACAGCAGUAUCGGUAACGAUGAGAGCUCACAGACAUCGGGAGCGUACAUCUUCCGGCCAAACCGGACCGAUCCCAUUGUCAUAGCACAGAAUGUCCGCAGUUAUCUGGUGCAGAACUCUCUGGUACAAGAGGUGUAUCAGAACUUCUCCUCCUGGUGCUCCCAAGUGGUCCGGCUGUACGCGGACCAGAGAUUUGUGGAGCUGGAGUGGACUGUUGGUCCUAUUCCAGUUAGGGACGGAUGGGGAAAGGAAGUGAUCAGUCGGUUUGAUACUAAGCUGCAGACAAAUGGUGUGUUCUAUACAGAUGCGAAUGGCAGACAGAUCCUGCAGAGGAGAAGAAACUCCCGUGACACCUGGGCGUUCCAGCAAACCGAACCAGUGGCCGGAAACUAUUAUCCAGUGAACAGCCGGAUUUAUAUCAAGGAUAAGGAUAUACAAUUCACUGUUUUAACGGAUCGAUCUCAAGGAGGUUCCAGCAUCCUGGAUGGAUCAUUGGAGCUUAUGGUUCACCGACGUCUCCUGUUUGAUGACUUCCGAGGGGUGGGAGAGGCUCUGCUGGAGACUGGGCCGAAUGGAGAGGGUCUUGUGGUAAGGGGGAGACAGUUGCUGUUCCUAGACUCUCCAAAAGACUCUGCAGACCUGCACCGGACUCUGGCCCUGCAGGAGUACAUGUCCCCCCAGAUCAUCCUGUCCUCAGGCGAAGGGGUUCCCUAUCGUUCACAUCAGGGGCUGAGCAUGCAGUUCUCAGCACUGCAGGAACCACUCCCCCAAAAUGUUCAUCUACUCACCCUCGCUCUGCAUCAGCCCAAUAAGGUCCUACUGCGGCUGGAGCAUCCAUUUCAGGGACAAGAAAGUGGCAAUUAUUCCCAGCCAGUCACUCUCAAUCUGAAGGAACUCUUCUCCUUCCUCUCGUUGUCUGACUUUGAGGAAACCACACUUGCAGCAAACCUGCCAAAGAGCAAGCUGGUCCGUAAGCACUGGAAAGCUGAGACGGGUACGACGCUCACUGCAAACACCACAUCCGCACUGGAGCCUUCCAGCGUCACUCUAAGCCCCAUGGAGAUCCGCACAUUCAUCGCCACCGUCCAGUACAGCAAAGACCGCGGUUGGGACAGCUGAUAAAGUCGCCAGGGCAGGAAGCCGCUUUACUCUGUCACUUGUUACGGGACUACAAACCCAAUGCCUUAUUGAAUACACAUUGUACAACUGUUUGCCACAGAUUUAAUAAAUUGUAUUUUCCCAAAAAAAUAAAAAAUACUUAAACUAAAA